AUGGCCCGACGAUUGCAGCCGCGCGUCGUCUGCACGCCGCUGAUCGUGUUCGGCAUAACACUCUUCCUCACAAUCUCCUCACUCACUCUCGCUCCCGCAACUGCAGAGUCGAUUCAUGUUUCUCCGAAGCGUCGCGUUAGAAGACUGCUCGACCUAGUCAGUAACCCCUUCUACGGCUCCAUCCCCUCUUUAUUCCGCGGCGCGACGCCGGCCUCCGCGGCAGCGCAGCGCGUGCUGCUGGGUCCGGCUCUAGGCACGGAGCUCGCGGCGUCGACUCAGCUGUCGUCUGUGCAGUCCUCUGUUGUACUGCCGACAGAUCAGUCGUUACGACAGUCGCCAGAAGAGUCGCUAAGACAGUCGUCAAAACAGUCGCUAGGCCUGACAACAAAACAGUGGCUAGAACAGUCGUCGGGACAGUCGCUAAAACAGUCCUCGGGACAGUCGCUAGAACAGUCGGCAGACCAGUCGUUAGAACAGUCGUCGGGACAGUCGUCAGAAGAUUCGUCUGAUGAGUCGCCUGUCGUGCUUCCUGCAGCAUCGGCGACGAAGACAUCUGUAUUGAAGCCUCACGACGCCACGUGGACCGCGCUGCACAACAAGUACUCUAGAACCGCCGAUCUGCUGCCGUCAGCUGACGUCAUCUUCUACGGCGAUUCGCUCACAGAGGCUUUUCAAGGUAGCACGCUCAAUCGCGCUGGAAUCUCGGCAUCUCCCGUGUUCGUCGUUUCCACGUGGACAGGGCUGGCUCGGCACGUUCAAGGGAGCGACGACCGGUCUCUACGCGGGUGUGAGGUCAGUUCCCUUGUCGCCCGGUCGCAGUCGCACAGCUUCCGGAUAUUCGUCGCUAUCGUCGCUUGUCGCGGAUCGUCGCGUCAUGGUUGUCGCAAAGAUAGCUUGUCGUCGGGAGUGUUCGAGUCGGUGAAGGCGGCGGUGGGUGCGACGGUCGUGCAGGCGUUCGGCAUCGCAGGCGACACGGUGGACGACGUGCGCGAGAGAAUGGAGAGCGGCGAGUUCCCCCCGUCGCUGCAGCUGCGCGUGGCGGUGGUGUGUGCGGGCAUCAACGACGUGCUGCAGGGCAGAACCAGCGCCGCCACCACGGCCAACAAGGUGGCGUCGCUGGCAGUGAGUGUGCGCAAAGCGCAUCCCUCCACCUCCGUGCUCGUGCUGGGGCUGCUACCCGAGGCAGCUACAAGCAAGAACGCGUCACUACCAGACCCUGUGCCGGCCCAAGUGAACGCCGUCCUCGCCUCGGCCCUCCAAUCAGUGGACGGGGUGUCAUUUCUCGACUGCUCAUCUGCCUUCACCAACCCCGGAGGUUCCAUCAAUGCAGCGGCCUACGCACCCGAUUCCUUCCGCUACCUGCAUCUCUCAGCCGCGGGCUACAAGGCAUGGUCGGGGUGCUUCUCACCGCAAAUCAAGACCAUGCUCAAAGAAGCAUCAGCCAGCCCUGCUGUACCCACGCCCCCAGUCCGCACGCCCUCCACGCCUCCCAUCUCCAGCACACCCUCCAAGCCCUCCCCUCCGCCUCUCAAAUCACCCCCCACCACCUCGCCACUGCCCUCCAACUCAUCCCCGCACAAGCAGCCCUCGCAGCAGCCACCAAAGGAAAAGGCACCGUCUGCUAACUCAACGAAAACAAAGUCACCACCCACCAAAGCUUCUCCCUCCAAAUCUCCUCCUUCCUCGCCUCCUCCUUCUACAGACCCUUCCGCCAAAGCACCCCCCUCCAAAGCCCCGCCUUCCAAGCCUCCCCCAUCCAAAGCUCCCCCAUCCAAGGCCCCUCCGCAGCAAUCACCCUCCCCAUCAAAGCCUUCCCCACUUCCCGCCGCCUCAACACCCAAUCGCACUUCUGACACCCCUGCUAAGCUCCCUGCCAAGUCGUCUGCUUCGAGUAGCCGUUCCCCUCACAAGUCCCAUGAAAAGAAGCAGUCCCCUUAUAAGCAGUCCCCUUAUAAGCAGUCCCCUUAUAAGCAGUCCCCUUAUAAGCAGUCCCCUCAUAAGCAGUCCCCUUAUAAGCAAUCCCCGACAAAGGAGCCACCAGCAGCUGACCUCCCUCCGCCUCCUUCAGAGUCUCUUCCCAACACAACGGGUAACUCCAGCAGAAGCCCAAACACUGGCGACGUGACGAGUGGAAAUGUGAUGGACGGCAAUGUGACGGGUGGGAGGAGAGGGCCUACAGCAGCAAAUCCGGUGGAGAAACAACCGGCCUCUGACACCUUGCCAUCUGACUCGGCGAAUCUGCCCCCUGCUUCUCAACCAUUAAAGCCCAAGGUGACAGACAACCCUCUUCCCUCUGCCAUGCCGUCACUGCCUGUUUCGCCCCCUUCCCUGCCUCCUCUCUCACCAGCCCCUCUCCCCAAGCUGCUUCCUCCCGUCGCUACCCCCUCGUCUCCAGCCCCCUCAGCGCUUUCGUUCGUCGUCCUGCCGCCCAACUCCUCCGCGUCUCACGGCGCGUCUUACGGCACAUCUCACGCGCCUCGUCAUGGAGCCACUACCAGCGCGAUCCGACCGUCGAUUAACGCUGCAAUCAGUGCUCCGCCGUCGAUUCCGCGUCCCCCUGUAGGCAAUACUUCCUCCGCGAUUCCCGGUGCUGUUCCUGCCGCGUCUGUCGCCGCAACUGCCGCCGCGUCUCCCGCUGCGGGCUCAACUAGUGCAUCAAACUCGGCGUCCAUCCGGGAAGAGCACCAGCUGCAGCCGCAGCUGCAGGAUCAGACCCAACCGCAUCCGCAGCAGGGACGAUCGACGGCUGGAAUUCAUUCCCAGGGCCAAUCUCAAUCGCAUGUUCAUCCGCAGCAGCAUCAGCCACCGCCAAUCAGAGCCGCGCUUCCACCAACCUUUGGGGGACACGUGGCCGCAGGGGCGGGGGGACUGGCGGGGCAGAUAGAGGCGGUGGACCGCGUGUUUGACCUGGUGGCUCUGCGCACCAAGGUGGAGAUGCCCCUCUGCUGCCACUGCGCACACCAUGUCUGCCAGGAGAUCGACACCCAGAUAGAGGCGGUGGACCGUGUGUUUGACCUGGUGGCUCUGCGCACCAAGGUGGAGAUGCCCCUCUGCUGCCACUGCGCACACCACGUCUGCCAAGAGAUUGAUGCCCAGAGGUUACUUUUCUUGUUGCCUCAGAAAUCACCCCUUGCUAGUGCUGCGUUCGCCACCACCGCCACUGCUGGGGAGCCCAUGGGGGAGGACGCGUUCAGGCAGCACAUGGCCGAGGUGGAGGAGGAGGAGCGGCGGCUGCAGCAGGAGGCGGAGGAGUUGGAGCAGCAGAGGGCGCAGCUGAGGGCGCAACUGGGGGAGGUGGAGGCGGAACAGGCUGAGCUGGACGCCGCUGAGGAGAGACAUCGCAUCAUCCCCAUGGGAAGCUUCCCUCGAAUCUCUGACGGCCACAAUCAGUUUGAGCUCUUCGGCCCGGUGAAUCUGUUUUGGAGCACGCGGUACGACAGGGCAAUGCUGCUCUUCCUGCAAGCCCUCACGGAGUUUGCUGCCUUUGCCAACGCGCACGACCGCGCCAACCACGUCCCGCCUGAGAAGUCCUUCCAGCUGCCCUACAAGAUCGAGGGGGACAAGAUUCAGGGACUCACAGUGAAGCAGAGUUUCAACCGCGAGGAGAGGUGGACCAAGGCACUCAAAUCCGCGCCACAUGCUAAGGUGGUUCUUGAGACAGGCUCCUCAAGGGGCGCUCACGUACCUGCUGUGAGGCCUCAAGUGGGCGCUCGUGUGGACCAUGACCAACUUCCACCCUCCUCUCCCUACACCACCCCCUGCCAUACUGAACCUAGUCGCACACCUUGA